AUGAAUACAAUGAGUACCAAUCUUCGUCAAAAAUUAAAAGUAUUAAAUAAACAAAAAGAAGAAUUCGAUAAUGAUAAUCAAAAUAUUGAUAUACAUAAAGAUUAUUCAACAACACCAGUACAAUUAAAAAAAACUUCAAUAAAUCAAUUAAUACUUCAUCCAAAAUCAUUAAAUAUUAAUAAUCAAGAUGUAACAUUAACACCCGAAGAAUUUCAUCGACGUGAACAAGAAUUUAAUAAUGAUAUGCAACGUGAAUGUGGACAAGAUGCUCAAUGGAAAAAAAUUCAACAAAAUACAUUUACACGAUGGGCUAAUGAACGUUUAAAAUUAGUUAAUCGACAUAUUAAUAAUUUACAAACAGAUCUUAGUGAUGGUUUAAAUCUAAUAGCACUUAUUGAAAUAUUAGUUAAUAAAAAAUUACCACGUUAUAAUCAACGUCCACAAUUUCGUUCGCAAAAAUUAGAAAAUGUCUCUGUUGUACUUGAUUAUCUUGAAAAUAUUGAAAAAAAACGUUUAGUUAAUAUAGAUGCAUUAGAUAUUGUUGAUGGUAAUAUGAAAUUAAUACUUGGUCUUAUGUGGACACUUAUUUUACAUUAUUCAAUUACAUUACCUGCUUGGGAAAUACCAAAUGAAAAACGUGAAACAAUACAAAAUCUUAAACCAAAACAAAAAUUAAUGAAUUGGUUACAAGCUAAAUUACCAAUGCAAAUCAAUAUUGGAAAUUUUACUUCUGAUUGGAAUGAUGGAAGAGCUAUUGGAGCUGUUUUAGAUUCUUGUUAUCCAGGUCUAUUUCCAAAUUGGGCUGAUCGUGAUCCAAAAAAUGCAUUGGAAAAUGCAAAAGAAGCUAUGGAUUUAGCUGAAAAAUGGCUUGGCAUUCCACAACUUAUUCAACCUCAUGAAAUGAUAAAUCCACAAGUUGAUGAACAAUCUAUGAUGACAUAUUUAUCUCAAUAUCCAAAUGCUCAACUUAAACCUGGUGCACCUGUUAAACCAAAAAAUUAUGCUAACCAAGUUCAUUGUUAUGGUUCAGGUCUUGAUCAUAUGGGACAUAUAGUCGACAAACCAGUUAUAUUUCAUAUUGAAACAUGUGCAGCUGGUUUAGGAAAAGUUGAUGUUAUUGUUGUGAAUCCAAACGGACAAACAGAAGAGUGUACUAUUGAAUUUCGUGAAGAUAUAAAUCGAACAUAUGAUUGUGUUUUCUAUCCAACAAUUAAUGGAGAAUAUAAAGUUAUUGUUACGUUUAACGAACAAGAAGUACGAAAUUCACCAUUUAUAAUUAAUGUUGAUUUACCAGAACCAACACCAGACAUGUUAGUUAAUGAUGAAAUUGAUGCACCAGGCAAUGAAAAUACACCAUCUGAUAUUGAACAACCAUUUUAUGAAAAUUUUAAUCCAACAAAUGCUAUCGUUUAUGAUAGACAAGAGACAGCGAAUAUUAAAAUAACAAAUUUAGAUGAAGAAGGAGAUGAUCUUAUUCUUCAAGAAGAUCAUAUAUAUUAUGCUCAUCAAACACAUAUUGCAUCGAUACAAGAUCAUCAACUUUGUCGUCAAAUUUCAACACGUUCUAUAUCCGAUCCAACAUUAAAUAAACAUAAAUUUUUCUCACCAAUUAAACCACCAAGAACUUAUUGUCAAGAUGAAAAUGAAGAUGAACUAAGUGAAUCACCACUUGUUCAUAGUUUAACUGAUUAUCGUUUAAAACAAAAACGUCAAGAGGGUUUUGAUCUUGUAACAACCAAUCGUCCGAAUUCAAUAAGAAUUAGUUCAACAACAUUAAAUUCAACAUCAUCUAUAUCAACGGAUGAUAAUAUACAAGAAAAUAAACGUUUAACAUCAAAAUGGUUAAUUAUUGAUGAAAUUAAUCGUUUAACGGAUUUAUCAAGAAGAGAAACAUCAACAUUAACUCAAACAUCACACGCUUUAAAAUGCUGUUCAAAUGAUCCACAUGCUGCAUUAUCAGAUAAGAAAAUUGAAUGUGAACGUGUUAUUUUUAUGGCUAAACAAAAAUUAACAUCAUAUAAUAGUGAAAUAAAACGUUUAGAAAAUCUUGAUCCAGAUAGUGAAUAUUAUUCGUCAGAUAUUUCACAUAGUACAUUAAUUUUACAAGAUAUUCGAUUAGCAAUUAAAGAAGAUUAUUUAAGAUCAUUACGUAAAGGAAAAGAAACAAAAUUUUAUUUUUUUAUGUGUGCCGUUCAUUAUCGUUCACAAACACUUUUCUCACAUAUGGUUUCAUCAUUUGACACACUUCAAUCUAAUGGACAAGUUAUCUUUUCAAAUCGAAUGAUUAUUAGAGAAGUUGAAAGCAAUUUUGUUGCCACUAUUGGAGUUUAUUGCAUGGAAAUAACAAUGAAACAUCCAAUAACUGGACUCGAUCAUUCACCAAUGGUUUGUCCACAUCAUCAUGUUUCAUCAUCGGCAAAUACUGGUCAAUGUAUGCAAUGUGAUAAACAACGAUUGAAUAGUACCGUAUCAAUACCUGGACAACAUACAAAAACAAAUACGAUGAUUCGUGUAAGCAAUUUUUUUCAAGUUGAUUCUAUUACAAUUCAUAAAGAAGAUCUUAAAACACAAGAAUUUAUGCUUUCAAUUUCAUCUGCAUCAAUUCCACUUAAAAAUAAAUUACAUGUUAAAUUACAACGUUUAUCUGAAUUAAAAAUUCGCAAAGCUGGCUAUUUGACAAUCUAUUGUGAUAUUAAUGGUUCAGGUGUAUGGAUUCGAAGAUGGUUUGCUUUAACAAAUGAACAAAAUCUUCGAUAUUGGCCAUCACCAGAUGAUGAAGAAGCUAAUCCACCUACUGGUGAAAUUGAUCUACAUUAUUGUAUUGAUCAAACAGUUAAUUUAUUACAACGUGAAACAUGUGCUCGACCUCAUACAUUUGAAUUACGUAUUGCUGUUCCAACAAAAAAAUCAACUGAACAUAAAUUAUUUGUUGAUGAAAAUGAAGAAUAUAUAUGUAAUUCUAUAAUAGCACAACCAUUUGGUAAAAGAACAUUAUUUCGAUAUUGGUUAAGUGCUGAUUCAAAAGAAGAUCGUAAUGAUUGGUGUAAUAUAAUUAAUCAAAUCUUAGCUGAUUUACGUGAAUGGGUAGUUAAUUCAUAA